AUGAUAGUCGAUGCAUGCAAGCUCCCAGGUCCAAAUCUAGAUGAAAUUUUAAAAAUUGCCAAGCAAAAAGGAUAUACGAAGUAUGGCGAAAUGUUUUCUGCUGAUUGGUUGGCAGAUAUUGUGAUUUCAUUGUGUCCAACUCUGGAUGUAGAAGUUCAAAACCUACCAUCAGCAACUCAGAUGGAACAUUUGAUCCAAGAAAGUGCAUACUUGCUAAUACCUUAUGACUGUGAUAAAAAUCAUGAGCCAAGUUUUUUUGCGGGACAUUCUGCUCAUUGGUGCGUUGUGGUGGGAUUUUUUUGUCCCGUAAGUGGAAUGGUAACGACGACGUGGAAUACAAUGACUGAUCAUAUAUGCUCCAAAGAUACACUUGUGUUUUGUGUUCAUGGCAAAAGUAGACACUUAGCUGUGUGGAAUUAUUCACAACUUAUUGCUAGCAAUUUAAAUAUACGUGAAGCAACAAAUAGAGUGGAUGAUUUCGUGAUACCGUCGACUGACCUUUCUACACUUCGAAACCGUUGUCUAGUAAUUCGUCAUCGCCUAAAAGCUUUGUGA